GCAGCCCGGCCCCUCCUCCCGCCUCUCUCUCCCCCCCUCCCCGGGCCGCUGCCGCCGUCGCCGCCGGGAGCGGAGGUUGAGGAGCAGCCGCCGCCCUCAGCAGGUAUGGACGGGAAGAAAUGUAGUGUGUGGAUGUUUUUACCCCUUGUGUUUACCCUAUUUACGUCAGCUGGAUUAUGGAUAGUAUACUUUAUAGCAGUGGAAGAUAACAAAAUUAUUGCACUAAAUGUACCGGAGAGGAAACCUGGUUCCAAAAGACCACCUUAUAUAAGUAUUGCAGGUGAUGCUCCUCCUGCGAGCUGUGUGUUUAGCCAAGUCAUGAACAUGGCAGCAUUUCUAGCACUUGUUGUUGCUGUUCUGCGCUUCAUUCAGCUGAAACCAAAGGUGCUGAACCCUUGGCUGAAUGUCAGUGGCCUGGUGGCAUUGUGCCUGGCCUCCUUUGGGAUGACCUUACUCGGCAACUUCCAGCUUUCUAAUGAUGAGGAGAUCCACAAUGUGGGCACAUCACUGACCUUUGGCUUUGGGACCUUGGCAUGCUGGAUCCAGUCUGCUCUCACCCUCAAGGUCAACCUGAAGAACGAGGGACGGAAAGCUGGAAUUCCACGAGUUGCCUUAUCGGCCGGCAUCACUCUCUGCGUGGUGCUCUAUUUCAUUCUGAUGGUGCAAGGCAUCCACAUGUAUGCUGCCAGGAUCCAGUGGGGCCUGGUGAUGUGUUUCCUGUGCUACUUUGGCACAUUUGCUGUGGAGUUCAGGCACUACAGAUUUGAGAUAGUUUGUUCAGAGUACCAGGAAAACUUUCUGAGCUUUUCUGAAAGCUUGUCAGAAGCCUCUGAGUACCAGACAGAUCAGGUGUAGCCUGUCCUUUGGCCAGGGGGAGGGGGGCAGGUGCAGUCCUAUGGUUAGACAUGACCUCAUUUACACUUUUUUUGGUGAGUUUGUUUUCCAUGUGCAAUCAUUGUUGUAUUGCCAAAGGGCUCUGAGGGUGGUUGCCUCAUUAAGGGCCAAACAAAAAAAAUAGCUGCCUGCUGGAAGAGGACUGGAUCCUUCUGAACAGCAGUGCCGGGUAGCACAAGUUGUUCAGUUUGUGCUGUCAGAGACUCUUUCUCAGCAGCUCCUGCUGUUCUCACACCUGCUGUUCAAGAUGUUUGGCAGCAGGUCCUCACUAUGCCCCUCUGAGAUAGGCACUGCUCUGCCUGUCCUAUAGGGGAGGAGAUGAAGGAAACAGACCUGUCUGGGCACAGUCUUCAGAUAUUGCUGGUUCCUGAGUUGGUGGGCUGCACUUUUCUUAUCUUUUUUGCAUUGUUUUCUUUGCUGCUGACAGGAGUUACUUGGUAGGGUGAGAAGGAAUGGCUGUUUUUUCUGGACUUAAAACUGAACACUGGAAAACCCAAACUGACCAGCAUUUACAACGAGCAGGUGGGCAUUGCUUCCAGCCUGGAAAGCAGCUGAUGGCAAAGCUGGAUUUGGGAGAAAUCAUGCGAGACUUGGCUGAUGCUGCCUGGCAGGAGAGAGGACUGUGCCCACGCCAGAGAACAUGGCAUAGGGGAGCACUAUGCUGGGCUUGGCAUUUCGUGCGCUGCAGUGGGGACUGAUGGAAGCCAGGUGUUGAAUUAAUAAGUGAAUGCCUGUGUGCUCUAAAGAUGACCCAGAAGAAGCUGCUCUUUUUAAAUGUUUAGUGCUUCCACUACAUAUCAUCUGUAGUAUUUCAGUAAUUUUUUGUUGUUCACAGAAGAGGUAAACAUUGCAUUAGAGACACUGGACUUACCGACAAUGAAAACAGUAUCAUUGCAGCUGGGCUUUAUUGUGUGUAGGGUUUUUAGUUGGUUUUGUUUGUUUGUUUGUUGCUCCUUAUGCACUUAGAAGUCAAACUUCAGACACAUUUUGUCCUGCCUGCAAUUCAGACUUCUCCCUGGGCCAGUUUUCCUGACUGGGCUUUCAAGGGGUGUGAAGGCUGGGGGACUUGGCUUAAGUCACCAGAAGCAGAAGUGGCUUUGCUGUGCACUCCCAGGGGAGCUUGAACUGGAAAUAUAACAAAGAGAAACAUUUCCUGCAAACAAAGGCUGUAGUUAAAGCCCAGCUCUGGAAACACAGAGUUUGGGAAGGCUGCUGGAUCAGCCAGGUAGGGAUGGAUGUGACUUGUUCCCCAUUUUCCUAGGCAGGCUCAGCUUGGGUUUGCAUCUUCUGCCUGUGCUGACAUGGGGCAUCUCAUCACCGCUGUGGGAAAAGAAGCAGAACUGAAAAUGGUGGCAAGAGGUGUUUGCAGGGGAACUCCUACCACACUAUAGUAUUCCUGACAGAAAGGGAAAGGGCACAAGGGCAUUCAGUGCUCUGCAAAGGGCAGAGGCCUCUCCAGGGAGAAGAAAUAGUCAAGAAAGACUUCUGUUAAAGCUAGUUGCCCUUUAUAUGAUCUUUCAUGGUUCAGAACUUGUUUUUGGGAAGGGAUGUGCUGAGGCUGUGGGUCGGGGCACACCAGGUCAUCUACAGCUCCACCAACAGUCCUGCACUGGGUGGUGGGGGACAGGAUGCAGGUGGACCCCUGGCACGGGCACACAGUGGAUGCAUAGGGAGCACCGAGCAGUGUUUUGCUUUAAGGGUGUUUUACUGUAAAUAAUCCUCUUUGUUUUGUUUUGUUUUUGUAAAAUCAAUUACUACUUUUUGGUUUAUUGUUUUAUACUUUCUAACAAUUUUAACAAAGAAAAAGAAGGCUGAUGAUUGUGACUUGUUUUUCAUUUUCCUAUAUGCAAUCCAAACUGAACUUCAGGUUUUUGGUAAUAACUCUGUACAUUUCUUACAGUAUUUCUAACAGCACAUUUCAAUACAACUAAAUGACAGCCACUAUACACAUGACCACUAAAUAAAGUGCUUUUAUGGA